AUGAGUGACGAUUCAAAGCCGAAAGCCCCGGUUAUCCCAGGCUGGCAACUCCCUGCGCCAGACAAGACGGUAUCAGAUUCCACCACUGCUCCCACAGCAGAUGGAAACAAGACAGAGACAUCCUCCAGAAACACUCUCAUAGAAGAAGCUUUAAGAUUUCUAAAAGAUGAGUCAAUACGAGACGCACCAACGGAUAAAAAGAUCUCGUUCCUCGAGACCAAGGGCCUUCGCAACGACGAGAUCCAAAAGCUGCUCGGCAUAUCAAGAAACCCAGAGGCUACGAGCGCUGACACGACAUCACCAACAAAGGAUUUUACGAAAUCAAUAUCAUACAGUGCUCAGGCUCCUCCUCAGACGGUCACAUCUGGCACGGCCCCUCCACCCUCGCCCGAAAUCCCAAGCUCUCAAAGUCCAGCCUCUGGCUCCAGUUCCCCUCCUAUUAUAACAUAUCCCGAAUUCAUCCUCCAAGCACGGAAGCCGCCACCUCUAGUCACAUUCCAAGGCGUUAUGAACACUCUAUAUGGUGCUGCUGGGCUUGCGUCUACCAUAUACGGCGCCAGCCACUUCCUACUGAAGCCAAUGCUGGAAGAGCUCACGCUUGCCCGCCAUGAAUUGGCCGAAACAGCACGGCGGAACAUCACCGCUUUGAAUGAAAAGCUGGAGAAAAAUGUGUCUUCGAUCCCACCUCUCCUCCCGAGCACCUCACAAGACGACCAAAAGUUACAUCAUGAUGAUGAUGAUGAUGCGGAUUCUAUAACAUCAGAUCCCACAGAACUUUUCCACAGAGACAUUGCAACACAAACAUCACCAAUUCUCUCACAGGCUUCAUCUACCCUGUCCACGCCAAUUGAAGGCCUGGACACGGGUGAUCUAUCCUCCUCUCAAAAGACAGUAAAUAUGCACACCAAGCGGCUCAAAUCAAUAUCAUCACAAUUAACUGAUUAUCUAUCCGACGAAGAUACCACGGGCACUAUACAAAAUGCAACUAACGAUUCUCUGUGGGAAUUGAAAAGCUAUCUAGAUGGCUUGAUCUACAACAAUAGCCCUUACCCGUAUAUGGUAUACAAUGAUUCUUCCAAGCCAGUGGGCGGGAACGGAAAAUCUGGGGCCAAAAACAACGAAGAUGCUAUUGCUGCUUUUAAGACAGAGAUUCGAAGCGUAAAGGGGACUUUGCUCAGUGCGAGAAAUUUCCCUACUGGCACUGGUAUUAGAUCCACUAUUCCAACAACCGGUACUCGGUAG